CACAAAUAAGCUUGUCUGGCUAUUUGGUUGAACAGCUUGCCUAGCCUACAGAUAAAAAGUUGUUAGAUUUCCCGCAAGAAAGGAAAGGCGCUGUUUCUCACGAUGACGCGUUACCAUAGAGCUUAUUUUUGACUCCGCCCUCAAUUCCUCUCCUCUUUUCUCUUUUAGUUGCCCGGAAGUGUUACGCCUUUAAUGAAAAAGCUUUGUGAGUGUAUCCCUUGCAAGUAACAAGUUAUUUGACACCUUUCCGUGUUGAUUCCUUUAGAAAACUUGCCGAAAAUAAAUUGGAUAGAAGAUACAAGACAUUCGUGACAGUUCAAAUCUUUCGGCUAUGUGCUAGUAAACUCUUGAAGUCUUUACCUGUGGAUUAAGUGGAACACUACAGUUGAAUUUUUUUGUUUUAAAAUCAUUACAAGCAAGAUUAAUGACCAACUCUGCUUCUUUUUUUAAUUUUUCUUACUACAUGACUUUCCGGUGACAAAAGUGAGAUAAAAUGAGUGAGCCAGAGAGAAAAAGGAGAAAGUACCGGACUGAACACAAUGUGAAUCCUGGGCCUGGACCACCUGUGCUUGGUGAAAUGAACUGUGAUGAUGCUACACGUGAGCCGUUGGAUGAACUAAAUGAGUGGAACCGUUUCAAUCUUAGUGUAGAGAACCUCAAUGACUGUUUGAUUACCCGGUGUGUUUGCCCCUGGAAUUUCAAUGAUUAUCAAAAUAUCUUCAUCUACUCAGGAAACAAGUGCUCCGAUACAGAAAACCAUAGUGAAAUACUUCUUUUCUGUUCCGUUAUCCAACUGCUGUGUGAAGAAAUUGCCAGACAAAAUAGUGUCAUAAUAAGAAGUGGCAAAUUUUGCCUGACACUAAAAAAGUUGAGAGUUUUCCUAUUCCACCUCAAUAGUGAUUCAGACCCCACAUGUCUUCUUCAACGUUUUAUUCGGUCUCCAAACCAAUAUGUCAGCUUUGCUGCUGCAAGAGCCCUUUCAGCUUGGUUAAAGGCAGCAGAUGAAGGGGCAUGCAAAGUGCUUUUGGAUCGUCUACUUGACAAUAUAAUAAGUCCUUUGGCAACUUCUUUGAGCACACUCAACACUUCAGGUGCACAUGGGCCUCUACCUCACACAGUGUCAAAUUUGUUAGAUGUUCUGAAAAGUUGCAUUGAAGCACCAGAUAUUGAGCCUCAUCCUACUGAAGGAGCAACUGAAGAUGAAAGUGAAGACGCUUCCUUUGAGUCCAGCGAACGAACAACGAGUGUUAAGUUCAUUUGUCAUGGAUUGCUGAACAUGGAAGAAACUUCUGAAGACUCUUUGGGAGCCGAUCAGGCCGACCUAGAUUGCCCUGAUACAGAAUCAAAAGAUUUGAAGGGCAGCGUUAUCCGUGCUUUGGGAAAACACUGGAAUGUAAUCGUGACCUAUUUCCAUGCAGCUUUGACCCUUGCGCAGUCGGCCACCAGUUUACACUCUGAGGAUAUUUUCCCUUUGGUAUCCUUCCUAUCGCUAUGGCAAUCGACCAUUUCUGUCAAAGCAAAUGUUUCCGUGCUGGAUUCGAAACCCUUCUACUCGCGAAUGGAAGCAUUGUUACCUAUUAUGACGCCUUCGCUUGACCCGAUGAUUUGGCGUGAAAUGAUUAAUCUCUUCAAUGAAGUUCUCUGCUACGGAUCGACGCUUGCUCUUCAGGACUUUUUGCCAGACGAGCCAUGUAAUCUGGCUCAUUUGGUUAUCCGCCACGUUAGGGUUGAAAGGUUACUGGAUCGCGCUCCGUUUCAGAUCGGACAGAAUUCUUCAACUAACCGAUCAUUGAUGCAAAAACUCGUCCUGUUGGUCCUUAAAGCUGUAGCUGUUACGGUCAAAGAAACUCGAUCUGAGAGCUCAAGCCUUGAAUCUGAAUCUAAUUCGGAAUCGGGUCAUUCUACGGACCCUCUACGCUCUGAGGAUUCGGAAGACCUACAUGCUGAUAUGACUGUAAUUUUGCGCAGCAUCAAACAGGUUUUCCGAAUAGUGGACGUCAGAAUCAAAUCCUGGCUUCCUUUUCAUCCCGAGACGACAUUAAGCGAAUGGAUGGUGAAAAUGUUUCAUGAUCAAGACGACGCGCUUAUCGAAACAAUGUUGUGCAGCUUGGAUAUAAAUAAUGGGCUGUACAGUAACUGUCGCGGGCUUAAUGCUACUUCAAACUCGCUCCAAACAGGACUUUUGGAUUUGAAAGGGACGCUCAAUCCUGUGCAGACAUGGUUGAAAUUUUUGGAAACUGUAGCAUACGAUACAGACGUCUUGUUGGAUUUACUGGUCUCCAACGAAACGUGCUUUCUAUUAUACCUCUUACGUCUUCUAAAAUUCAUUCGACGGAAUUGGGAAGACUUCCUUUCAGUUCUUACUCAUCGCCAAUUAGAAGAUGUCAUGACUUGCUUUAUUCGCUUGCGGAUAGCCAUCCGUCGUUUAGUUGCGAAGAAUCUUUUCCCCUACAAUAUCGGACCAAUUGUGAAAUUGCUUGAAAAAUGUGAAGAGCUCUACGAAGGAAAAGAAAACUAAUGCGAACACAACCUUUUGCAAACCUGAAGUGUUACUACAUACGAAGAGAUCAGCAGGUUAUCCAUAUUCUGCACCUCAGCUAUAGUUAUAGAAACUACUUCGCUUUUUCGAAUUGUUUAGAUUGCUAGGAUUCCUGGCUACUUCGCCUUGUUUUAUUGAGUGGCAGGGAAUUACGUGGGCUGCUUUAUACACACAUGUUCCGUAUAUGGUUGUUGUUGAACCAUAUGGUAUUCAUCUUUGAUAUACAUUGUACUCUCCUUUAUUUUGUAUUUGUAAAUAGAAUGUGGUUUUCGAAAGCUACUAACAGAAACUUUUCUGGCUUCCAGCCUUCACUAUGAAUUUUUCGAGAAUUUUUAUUUAAAAAUACAAUUCUAAAUUUAAUUUUAA